AUGGCCCAACCCGCACCCACCGACACCACCAUGCCAGAAAUCCCUCCCACAGCCCCAGCACCACAACCCUCCGCCGCAACCACCACCAGCACCGCCACGAACGCCUCCAAAAAGAAGAAAAAGCGCAAAGCAAAACCCGCCGCCCCCUCAGUCCCGGCCCCCCUCACCAUCCGCAACCCCCCCUGGACCUACCUGCACCUAACCUCGCACACCUCCCCCGUGGACCCCACGCCCCUGGACGCACUAACGGCGCGCACUCGCCUAACAACCGCGCUGCAGCAGUUCCUCGGCCUCACGGGCGCGGCUAUCAGCAUCGAUGUGCUUAAGCUUGAGGGCCAGGAUGUGUGGAUCCGCGUGCCGAGGGAGGAUGGAGGGGCGGUGGUUGCGGCUGUGAGUGGGUGGGUGGGUGGAGAUGAGGGGAGGAGGGUUGGAUGGAAGGUUAGAGGGCGGGAUGAGUGGUUGGGAAGGUUGGUGGGGGGGAGUGGGGAGGAUUUGUUCGGGGGUUGA